AUGGCCGGCGAUAGCAGCAGCGAGGUGGAGGCGCUGCUCGCGGCCAACGACGCCGAGACAGCCGAACUCAAAUGGCGUCUCGUGGGUGCUGAUGAAGGGUUCAGGCGCGCCUGGAAGAUAAUCGAAAAGGUUUCUGUGCAGGAGAUGAGCAGGGAUGCCCGGGGGAGAGCUCAGUUGGAGGAAAUGCGUGCGCAGCUGGAAGCGAUGCGCUCUCAGUUGGAUGCGAAGAGCGCCCAGGUGGUUGACUUCUCCGCUCAGCUUGCUGCGAGAGAUGAUCAACUGGAGGAAAUGCGUGCGCAGCUAGCGGCGAUGACAGCUCAGCUGGCGCAGAGGAGUGCUCAGCCAGAGCGGGUUCGCUUCUUUUUGUUGCUAGCAGGGCUCUCGCGUCCCCUGGCAGCAGCUCUUCCCAUUCUUGCAUGUGCUGGUGCAGUGGGAUCUCUGGUUUCUGUGCAGGAGAUGAGCAGGGAUGCCCGGGGGAGAGCUCAGUUGGAGGAAAUGCGUGCGCAGCUGGAUGCGAUGCGCUCUCAGUUGGAUGCGAAGAGCGCCCAGGUGGUUGACAUCUCCGCUCAGCUUGCUGCGAGAGAUGAUCAACUGGAGGAAAUGCGUGCGCAGCUAGCGGCGAUGACAGCUCAGCUGGCGCAGAGGAGUGCUCAGCCAGAGCGCCCCAACACUUUGGAGAAGAUCUCGUAUGGUGCAGACAGGUGGGUAUCGGGAGCGGGGAAUGUCCACUUGGCGGGAAGGCUUUCGGAGGUCGGGCAUGUGCUAUUAAAGAGGAAACUGCCAACGCCUUACUCCUUCAUCACACCGAUUCAGUUCAAGGCGGCCGCCAUGUUGGGCAGUAAACCCGCCCAUCGAGGGUGGGUGGAGGUUGUGAAUGCUCUGUCAAAUGUGACAGAGCAGAACAUGGAGGCGGUCAUUGCAGGCCUGAUUGCGCGCGACGAGGAGGAGGAGGAGGAGGAGGUGGGGGAGGGGGGGGAGGGGGAGGGGGAGGGGGAGGGGGAGGGGGAGGGGGAGGGGGAGGGGGAGGGAGAGGGGGAGGGGGAGGGGGAGGAGGGGGAGGGGGAGGGGGAGGGGGAGGAGGAGGAGGACGAGGAGGACGAGGAGGACGAGGAGGACGAGGAGGACGAGGAGGAGGACGAGGAGGACGAGGAGGACGAGGAGGACGAGGAGGAGUAG